CGUUUAUGAAGGAAAUGGGAAGGUGCAAAGAUCACUAAUACCAUUCAAUUCAACUUCCGGUUCAAUUUUUGAAUUGUCUAGGUAUGUUCAGAGAAUGGGAGAAUUUUGGAAAUAAGGCAAUUGCAUAAACGCCGUAUUCAACCCGCCAGUCUUACAAACCCUUGCCGGGCUGUGAUUCGUCGUGACUCAACCCGCCUCACUCUCUUCGAAGUCUUACUCUUAUAUUUCUGGUACCUCGCGCUUUCAUCCUUGACAUCUCAGCCGAUAUUAUCAUUGUCGAUGCUUUCACUUAUCUACGCUGUGCCUUUAUUUAUUAAUCGUGGAUUCAAGCGUUAAGAUGUCCGCUCCUCGUUUUGCAAUGGCCGUACGUAAUAGCGCCAACGCUAUUACCCGAGGGCGGAUAGUCUCUCCGAAUAAAUCUAUAAUCGACUCACAUAUACCACAAUCGUCUACUGGUAUGAUUGUGUCCAAUUUUUCGACUUUUAGUUCCAGGCUCGCAGCGAAGAAGUUGACUGAGGAACCUUCUAAAUCACCCGAGGAACCCCCGCCUAUGGAAUUCAGCUUCGAAGGACUUGGACUGGGUCGAAACACCAAGAUCGCGGUCGUCGUGAUUUUAAGCAUCUUCGGAACGAUAGAGACUAUUUUCUGGAUGAAAUGGGUUUGGCGUUGGCGCUCCGGCGCUAAAAAUGACGAGUCAGAAAACAAGGCUUGAGCUCUGCCUUGUUCCGCCCUAAGUUCUCAUCGGGCUAUAUAAAGUCAAUUGAAUAUAGCCCGUCUUCUUCGGAAUCAGCCAAAGAACCGCUUCUCUACUCCACAAAACGCAACACCUUGUACCAUAUCGAUGCCUUAAGAGGGGCAGAUUCACCGCUCAA